GUUAAAAUGGACCGAGAACAUCUCUUCAUCGAUAAACCUCAGCAAGCAAAAAACAAUGCUUUCUUCUAGAUUAAUAAACAGCAUUUCAAAGAGCAGCUUCAUUUCACCCGGAUUCAGUUACCCCGCAUGUCAAUUGAUUCUAUCACAGCACCGUUCGAUCUUCACCACGUCACCUGUCCACUCCUGGAUGGACUCGAUCAAAGGAAUCUUCGCCGGCAAAAAGACCUCGCCAGAUGAUAAAGAAACCAGGGACGAAUCCUUCACUCUCCUUCUUGAUGCUUUAGGAUUUGCCGAUGAACUGAAGGGCGCUAGAAAUUUAGGGAAAUUUAAGGAGUACAUAGCUGGUAGAACCAGCGAGGCUACCUUUGACGACGUGUUUGAAAAAAAAAUAGCCAUCUUUAGGUAUCUUGGAGGUUGUGAUCCAACAGGCGAGAAUCUCCAACUGAGUCAUAAGAAAGAAGCUGCAAAGCAGUGUGAUUGUACCUUAUUGGAUGUUGAGAACGCGCUUGCCAAGUUUACUUGGGCUAAAGAAGUGCAUAAGAAGAUGGUUAAGUUGAAAGAGGAAGGGAAACCAAUGCCAAAGAACUUUCCCGAGGUACAAAAGCUAAUGGGAUCAACACCAUUGGAUCUUGCCAAGUAUAACAUGGCAAAGAGUGGCGAAAUGAGCCGAAAUUCUCCUUGUCCAUGUGGUUCCAAGAAGAGAUACAAAAGGUGCUGUGGCAAGGAUUCGUAGAUUCAAAGAGAAAAGGGAUAAGAAGUGAAGCAUACACAAAUCCUUGAAGAAAUGUUAUAAAGAACCCCCAUGCAGUUGCCGGUGACAUUAUUCUACGAUUCACUUGGAAAUUCAUGUUCUCAAUCGGCCAACAUUGCCCUCUAAGGACUUUUUGCAUCGGAAUAGGGGUUUGAAGUUUUCUCUUUUGCUUAAUCAUGCUUGGGUUGAGCUGUUUCUUUUACUAUUUAAAAAAAGUAAAAAUUAUAUUGAAAGUUAAUAAGAAAGGUAGUUUUAUUAA